CUGUAUGAUUCUAUCCAUAAAGACAUCGAAGCAGGAACCCUGAAACGAUAUUUUUAAAAUGAAAUCAUUAGUUAUCCUAUCCUUGUUUAUGGUGAUAAUGUCCACCGUUGCCCGUCCGGAAGUAAUGGUCAAAACUCAAGAGCUGGACAUCGCCUCCGAUGGAACAUUCAAACACAACUACGAAUUAGACGAUGGUACUGUAGCUCGAGCAGAAGGUGAUGCCAAUAAUGUCAAUGGUUUUUUCAAAUAUCAAACACCGGAAGGAGAAAAUGUCGAAAUAACGUACAUGGCGGACGCUCUCGGUUAUCAUCCACAGGGUUCGCAUAUUCCGGCCCAUCUGACAAAAGUAUUGAACUACAUCCGUUCUACCAAUAAACUGUGAAAAAGUAAUUAAACGUCGCGAAACAAUAGUUGAAAGCAAUUUCCUUUUAUUUUAUAUAUAAUUCAUUACACAAGAUAGUCAUUCUAGAUGCAA